AUGAAUGCAUCUGUAACAACCAAAGAAAAUGUUCUCCAUUCUAAACAUAAAUCAUUGAAUCAACAGCAUAGAAAAAGAUCAGCAGCUGGUAUUCAAAAGAAAGACAAUUGGUCUUUGGAUGAAGUAUCUGGAAAGAUUCAUCAUUUAUUGAAAUCUAUUAAUACGAUGUGUGAUGAAUCAUCUAUUACAUUAGAUGAAAUAUUAAAAUCUUCUAAUUCAACUUUAGGAAAACUUUAUCAAUUAUUUUUGUCAUUAACAAAUAAUAAAGAUCAUUUAUUAGAUCAAGAAAUUUUUAAUAAUUUUAUUUUUAAAAAUACUGAAGGUUUAAUAACUAAAUUAAAUCAAAUAAAUAAAAAUCCAAUGAAUUUUAUUCAAUUUAUCAAAUACAUUCAAUAUAUAGCUAAACAAAAUCAAUUUAGUAACGAAUAUCUUUAUGAUAAACUUUUACGACGAACAUGUUUUAUUAAUAAUCAAAAUCAAAAUAAUAAUGCUCUUGAUUCUUCUAAUAUACUAUUAGAUGAAUACAAUAAAGAUUUGUUUUGUCUAGAACAAUAUUUCAUUAAAUAUAGUGAAAAAUCGAAUGAUAAUUCUUAUUCAAAAAUGAAUUGUUCAACAUUUAUUAAAUGUAUUUGUCAAAAUAGGAAAUUAAAUAAAGUUCAUAUUCGUCUUGAAUUAAAUGGUCUUUUUUAUCAAAUUCUAUCAUUACUGAUCGAUCAAGGUGUUUAUAUUUCUGGUUCUAUUACAAUAGAUUUCUAUGGAUUUCUUUUAUGUCUUCAACAGAUUUCUCGAAUAUUUCAUUUUAAUUUAAGAGCUUUAAUUAAAAAUCUGAUUAAUAAACAUCAAAAAUAA